UACAAAUGUAACAGUCAGUAGGAGUCGUUAGGACGACGGGGUUCGGGUGGUUGUGUGUGUUUCUGUAUUUUUGUGACGGGUAUGAGGAGAAAUGGGCGAGGAGUCCGCAGUUAAAGUGUGUGUUAGGGUUCGACCCCUUAUAAAACGGGAGGAAGAGGCAGCAGCUGCUGAGAAUGCAGAGUCUGUAAAGUUGUACUGGAAAGCUGACAGACAAGCCAUACACCAGAUUGAUGAUGAUGGCAACCUCACUAAAGGUUUUGCUUUUGACCGGGUUUUUAGUGCAGAGGAGACCACCAAUCAACUGUAUCAAGACAUAGCCAAACCACUAGUCGUGUCGACUGUGGAAGGAUACAAUGGCACCAUAUUCACCUAUGGACAGACUUCCUCUGGAAAGACCUUUACGAUGAUGGGCAGUGACCACAUCCCUGGCGUUAUACCCCUUGCCAUGGCAGAUGUGUUUCAAACAAUCAAAAAUUGUCCAAAGAAAGAGUUUCUGCUGCGUGUGAGUUAUAUGGAAAUUUAUAACGAAACCGUAACAGACCUACUCUGCGACAGCUGGAAGAGAAAACCUCUGGAAAUCCGAGAAGGAAAUUACAAAAACGUCUAUGUGGCAGACUUGACAGAGGAGCUAGUAACAUCUCCAGAGCAAGCCCUGGCUUGGAUUCGUAAAGGAGAAAAAAACCGACAUUAUGGAAAAACAAAAAUGAACCAGCGGAGCAGUCGCUCCCACACGAUUUUCCGAAUGAUCUUGGAGAGCAGAGAGAGGAGUGACCCAGCAUCUGGUGAAAAUGCAGAUGGAGCCAUUAUUGUUUCACAUUUGAACUUGGUGGAUCUGGCUGGUUCUGAACGAGCAAGUCAGACAGGAGCUGAAGGGGCUCGUUUUAAGGAAGGAUGUAAUAUCAAUCGCAGUCUGUUUAUCCUGGGACAAGUCAUCAAGAAACUCUCUGAUGAGAGCCAGAAGGGCUUCAUAAAUUACAGAGACAGCAAGCUAACACGUAUCCUCCAAAAUUCGCUGGGGGGCAACGCCAAAACAGUCAUCAUCUGCACAAUAACUCCGGUCACUGUGGAUGAAACCCUGAGUACUUUACAGUUUGCUAGCGCAGCAAAGCGUAUGAAAAACGACCCCCACGUUACAGAAGUCUCGGAUGAUGGUGCUCUUUUGAGAAGAUAUCGUAAUGAGAUUGUGGAUCUCAAGCGCCGUCUUCAGGAGGUUUCUUCCGUCACCAAAACGACUGUGACCGAGAAGGAAACGCUUUGCCAACUUCUACAAGAGAAGGAUCAACUUCAGCGCGAGCAGGCUGAUAGAAUAAGGAACCUAACCAAGUUGUUGGUUACAGCUUCAAAUGUGGUACAGAUCCAAAAGGUUCCCAAGAGAAGAAUGACGUGGGGUGGGAAGCUCCUGAGAUCUGCCCAGUUAGUUGCAGAAGAUGAGGGAUCGGCAGAUAUGAGCUAUGCUGAGCCCUUUUUCAAAAAGAGGAGAGCAGACCUAACUAUAUCUGAGGAAGGAGAAGACAUGGAUGACUUUUACAAUGCCAAUGAAGAUUCCUCUCUUGAUAUUGAGAUGAACCAAAGCAACAUCACUAUGCGUAGUUAUGCAUAUGGCAUGUCCCCUGACUCACCUCAGCUGAUGAAUAAAGUGGAGUCUUUGGAGCGUCAGUUGGAGACGGAGACUCAGGGGAAACAACAGGCUGAAGAAAAGAGUUUGGCUCUGGAACAGAAGAUGGAGGAUCUUGAGAAACAACUACAGAUGCUGGAACAGAAGUUAGAAGUGGAAGUACAGGAGAAACAGAAGUCAGAGGAGAAGUGUUCUGAGCUGAGUCUGAAGGUUGCAGAACUGGAAAAGCCUUCAGAACAGGAGAAGACCAGUAAUACUUGUGAGAAUUGCAAGUACUUUGGAGAAACCCUCCAGUUGUGUGAGACUCUGAACUUUGAGAGGGAAUCAAUAUCUACAGAGCGUGACCUGCUAAAGCAAACCCUCGAGUUGCUUACUGAGGAUAUUGAACGACUCAAACAAGAAAACAAGGCCCUUUGCAAAGACAAAGAGGCGCUGAUCAAAGAUAAAGAAACUCUUUUAAAAGACAUUGAAGAGCAGAACGAUGCUGAUGAGUUUGAAAGGCUGGAGGAAGAGAGCAAAAAAGAUUACGAGAGAGAGUUGGAAGCUGAGAUUUCUACACUGAAACGUGCAUCAAUGAAUGCUGAGGAUUUAGUCCAAAAACUUAAGGCUGAUUUAGAGGCAAUGUCUGUGCAGCUGAAAAAGAAGGAUGAUGUCGUAGCUGAACUUCAGACUAUGAGUGGAAAAGAUCUUGUUCAGGAGGUGACACGACUUCGGCGCUCAUUAGAUGAUGCUGAGGGUCUCAGUUUGGAGACCAAAAAAGAGUGGGCUUUCCUGCGCAGUGAAAACCUCUCUCUAAAAGAGCGAGAUGUGAGUUUGACUGCAGAAUAUGAAAGGAUGGAAAAUCAGGUCAAAUCGUUGCAGAACCAACUUGACCACGAGAAAUCUCGCUUUAAGAAGAUGCAGACUGACCUACAGAAAGAGCUGCUUGGGGCUUUUGACGAGAACACCAAGCUGACUGCCCUGCUGGAUGGAAAAGUUCCAAAAAAUGUUUUGGAUAGCGUCACAUUGGAGAGAACAGUUGCAGACAUAAGGAAGGAGCUUGAGAAGAGCCAGGAGAGUGCACAAGCUCUGCAACAUCAAGUAGAGGGGAUGAAGGCUCUAGAGUUUCUUCCUGCCCAAGUGGAGGAUUUGUCAAGACAAGUGUCUGAGCUCAAUGGGGAACUCUGCUCUGUGCAGGAGGAGAGAGACAGCCUUGUAUCUGCUCAGGCCACAGCCACUGAAGAAAUUCAGAGGCUUAAAGAAGAGGCAGAAAAGGCACAGGAGGGAAUUGUGAAAUUGGGGGCUGUUUUAGCUGAUGUAGAGCUUAAGGAUGCUGAGCUGAGCCAGCAGAACAAAGAAACCUUGGAGCAGCUUGCUGUGAUUCAGGCAGAGAGGGAACACCAAUCAAAGGAAAACAGUAGUCUUGUCAGUGCCCUGGAAGAAGCAAGCCAGAAGGCCACACAGUUGUCUGAAGAACUUGAAUCUCUUCACGGUGAAAGAGAUGGAUUUCUGUCUAAGCAAGCUGAAGACAUGCAGACUUACCAAAAGGAACUGGAGAGUCUUCGCUUGGUUAUGGACUCAACAACUGAAGAAAGAGACCAGCUCCAGGAGAAGCUCCAGACUCUUAAAGAGGAACGAGACCAACUUAAAAUUGACAUGGAGGAAAAUGUGGAGAUGAUGAUUGAAAACCAAGAAGAGCUGAGGACAUCUCUAGAAAAGAGCAAAGCGCAGGAAGACAGGAUACUACAGCUGGAAGCUCAGAUCGCUGAGUUAGGGUCCAAACUCUCAAAUUCAGAUGGCAGUGAGAGCAAGCUUAUUGAGGAGCUGCAAAAUCAGAUGAAGCAGUUACAGGAAGAGCUCCAGUCUGUAAAUGCAGAGAGAGACAAUGUUCUGUCUGAGAAGCCUCUUCACCUAGAAGAGCUGCAGAGGAUGCAGACCCACAUCACUUCUCUAACAGAAGAGAGAGACCAGCUUCAGGAGAUUACGCAGGGGCUGAGAGAGGAGAAGACCCAGCUGAAGAGGGAAAUGGAAGAAAAAGAGGGGAUGAUGAAGCAGUUACAGGAGGAGCUCCAGUCUGUAAAUGCAGAGAGAGACAAUGUUCCGUCUGAGAAGCCUCUUCACCUCGAAGAGCUGCAGAGGAUGCAGACCCACAUCACUUCUCUAACAGAAGAGAGAGACCAGCUUCAGGAGAUUACGCAGGGGCUGAGAGAGGAGAAAGCCCAGCUGAAGAGGGAAAUGGAGGAAAAAGAGGAGAUGAUCAUCUGCUUCCAGUUAAACAAAGAGCAGCUCGCUGAUUCCGAGAACCAGUUUUCUAAUUUAUCCUGUAACAUGACUGAGGAGAAAGAGCCUCAGCUCCAGCAGAUGGAGGACCUCAAGAAGGAGGCUAAACAUCUCACAGAAGAAAAUGCACAGCUAAGAAAGGAGCUUCAGGACAUUUCUCAGAAGUUGGAUGAGCUCACAGCAGCACUCCAAGCUGUGCAAGGCGAGAGGGAUUGUUUGCUCACCACUAAGACGACCCUGAGUGAAGAAAUGAACAGCCUGAAGGAAGAGAUUGAAAAGACCAGAGAGGAUCUUCUCAAAAUGGAGAGUGAACUAGUAGAUUCCCAGCUUAAGGAAGCUCAGCUGAGUGAGCAGCAGACAGAAAACUCUGAGAAGCUUGCGAAGGCCCAGGCAGAGCUGGAGGACUUCUCUGUGGAAAAGAACAGAUUGCUUACUUCUCUGGAAGAGGCCAACCUGAAAGCUGUGCAGUUGGGUGAGGCCCUUGAAUCUCUUCGUCAUGAAAGAGAACAGCUUCUGUCUGAGGAGGUGCAGGAAGCUCCUCAUAAUCCCGAGGAGCUGCAGAUCCUCCGUGAAGCUGUUAAAUCAAUAACUGAGGAGAGAAGCCAGCUCCAGGAGAUUCUUCAGGCUCUCCGUGAAGAGCAUAACCAGCUGAAGAGAGACCUGGAAGAGAGCAAUGACAUGAUGACACAGCUAAGAGAAGACAUGCAGUGUGUUACUGCUGAAAAGGACUGUCUUCUGGCAGAAAAGGCUGAAAGCAACUUGACUAACAUGGAGCUGGAGAGCCUUCAUGCAAAUGUUCUGUCUCUAACUGAAGAGCGGGACCAGCUCCUAGAAGUGCUGCAGGGGCUCCGAGAGGAAAAGAGCAAGCUUAAGGUUGAAUUGGAAGAAAAGGAUGAAAUGAUACAAGAGUUGAAGCAGCUUCAGGCUGCUGAUAAAGCCCGUUUGUUAAUGAAGGAUGCCUCAUGCAGCAUCGCUUCCAAUGACUCUGGCUCAUCCUUUAAUGUGAACGAGGAAGGAGGUCAAUUUCAGGAACUGCUGCAAGGAGUACGAGAGCUCAUCCAAGUCCAGAGCGAGUUAAAACAACAGAAACGACAAGGCUCAGAACAGCUGAGCCCCGGAGAUGCGCAGGAAGCUCAGCUUCAACAGAUGCAGGUCCUCAAAGAGGAAGUGGAGUCUUUGAGGAACGAGAGAACAGUGCUCAGAAAAGAUCUUCAGGAAGCAGCCGAAAUGUCAAAAACCUACCAGGACCUGCUUCACUCCACUAAAGAGGAGCUGAAACAGCAGCAAAAAGAGAAUGCAGAGUUAAUGACCCAGAGUGCAGAAAAGGAGUCUCAACUCAGACAACAGCUAAACCAGUUGAGUGAAGAUCUUCUGUCUCUGCGAGGCCUGAAUGACCAACUUCUAUCAGAGAAAUCCUCUGAGACUCAGGAUCUCAACACAGAGCUGCAGAGUCUUCAGACACGCAUUACCUCUCUUGAGAAGGAGAAAGAGACACUUGAUGAAAUGCUUAAGGAGAGUGAAGGAAAGAGACAGCAGUUGGCUGAAGAGCUUGAAAGUCUUGGUGGCAUCAAAGACCAGCUCCUGAAUGAAAAGACGCAUGCAGAACAGCUCCUGGAGGUUCUCAAUGGGGUCAGAGAGGAGCGCAGCCAGCUCAGUCAGGAGCUGCAGGAGAAAGUGGAGAAGCUGGCACACAUUGAGGAGAAAGUACAAGGUCUAGAGAAGCAGAAACUGCAGCUUGAAACUGAAGUCAAUACUUUGAGCCAGUCUCUUCAAGAAGCUAAUGCUCAGACAGAUGUUGCCUCCAAACGAAAAACGCUAAUGUUGGUUUCUGAGAUGGAGACUUCUAAUGAAAAGCUAAAGGCUGCAUUCAUGAAGCUUCAGCGAGUCAUUGAUCGUCCAACGCCAGUAGAUCCUCUUGCAGAUGACAUUAGAAAAGAAUGGCCCUUGUUGCACCAGCUGGUUGCAGUCCUUCCAAAGUCCCAGAGAGCUGUAUGUUCUAGUCUUACUUCCAAAACGAAUCAGCUUCACAGCGUUCUUGGGAAAACUGGGGUGACCUUAAAGACAAUAGCCCAGCGCCACAAGGCUCACUUCAUGGCUCAAAUCCAUCGAGACGUCGCGUCCUUUGAGGAGAGAAGACUGCAAGAUGUGCUUAUCCGGCAAACUCAAGCUCCCUCACGUUCCGUCCAGAUGGUGCGAGAAGAUUUGCAGGAGAUUUGGGACCAGCGACUUUUGGAGUUGUUGGGAAAACGCAAGCAGUGUCUGCAAGAUAUGGACAGCAUUCUGGAGUUCCUGGAAGAUGGUAUAGCCAAGCAUGCAGUCACUCUCUCUGAGGAACAUCAGGCACAGAUCAGUGCCCAUGAGCAGAGCAGAGCGCUGGCCAGACGUGCGGACGAGGCAGCCGUGGUGCAGUUUUUUGAGCGAGAGCUUGUUCGUCGUACAGCAUUGGCUGAUCGUCAGAAAGCUUUCAAUCAACACCUUUUGGACAAAUAUGAUUCGGCAGUGUCUGUCUUGAAGUCCUCGGAGAAUAAGUCUCAGCAUAGCCUAAAAGAGUUGCAGCGAGAAAACCUGGCACUGUUGCCAGGUCAGAACACUGACCCGCCUAAGACUGUGGCUGACCUACUUCAAGACAAGCAGUGCCUCUUGCUUCAGUUGCAGCAGGCGCAAAAACAAAUGGAGAUGACACAGCUAAGAGAAGACAUGCAGUGUGUUACUGCUGAAAAGGACUGUCUUCUGGCAGAAAAGGCUGAAAGCAACUUGACUAACAUGGAGCUGGAGAGCCUUCAUGCAAAUGUUCUGUCUCUAACUGAAGAGCGGGACCAGCUCCUAGAAGUGCUGCAGGGGCUCCGAGAGGAAAAGAGCAAGCUUAAGGUUGAAUUGGAAGAAAAGGAUGAAAUGAUACAAGAGUUGAAGCAGCUUCAGGCUGCUGAUAAAGCCCGUUUGUUAAUGAAGGAUGCCUCAUGCAGCAUCGCUUCCAAUGACUCUGGCUCAUCCUUUAAUGUGAACGAGGAAGGAGGUCAAUUUCAGGAACUGCUGCAAGGAGUACGAGAGCUCAUCCAAGUCCAGAGCGAGUUAAAACAACAGAAACGACAAGGCUCAGAACAGCUGAGCCCCGGAGAUGCGCAGGAAGCUCAGCUUCAACAGAUGCAGGUCCUCAAAGAGGAAGUGGAGUCUUUGAGGAACGAGAGAACAGUGCUCAGAAAAGAUCUUCAGGAAGCAGCCGAAAUGUCAAAAACCUACCAGGACCUGCUUCACUCCACUAAAGAGGAGCUGAAACAGCAGCAAAAAGAGAAUGCAGAGUUAAUGACCCAGAGUACAGAAAAGGAGUCUCAACUCAGACAACAGCUAAACCAGUUGAGUGAAGAUCUUCUGUCUCUGCGAGGCCUGAAUGACCAACUUCUAUCAGAGAAAUCCUCUGAGACUCAGGAUCUCAACACAGAGCUGCAGAGUCUUCAGACACGCAUUACCUCUCUUGAGAAGGAGAAAGAGACACUUGAUGAAAUGCUUAAGGAGAGUGAAGGAAAGAGACAGCAGUUGGCUGAAGAGCUUGAAAGUCUUGGUGGCAUCAAAGACCAGCUCCUGAAUGAAAAGACGCAUGCAGAACAGCUCCUGGAGGUUCUCAAUGGGGUCAGAGAGGAGCGCAGCCAGCUCAGUCAGGAGCUGCAGGAGAAAGUGGAGAAGCUGGCACACAUUGAGGAGAAAGUACAAGGUCUAGAGAAGCAGAAACUGCAGCUUGAAACUGAAGUCAAUACUUUGAGCCAGUCUCUUCAAGAAGCUAAUGCUCAGACAGAUGUUGCCUCCAAACGAAAAACGCUAAUGUUGGUUUCUGAGAUGGAGACUUCUAAUGAAAAGCUAAAGGCUGCAUUCAUGAAGCUUCAGCGAGUCAUUGAUCGUCCAACGCCAGUAGAUCCUCUUGCAGAUGACAUUAGAAAAGAAUGGCCCUUGUUGCACCAGCUGGUUGCAGUCCUUCCAAAGUCCCAGAGAGCUGUAUGUUCUAGUCUUACUUCCAAAACGAAUCAGCUUCACAGCGUUCUUGGGAAAACUGGGGUGACCUUAAAGACAACAGCCCAGCGCCACAAGGCUCACUUCAUGGCUCAAAUCCAUCGAGACGUCGCGUCCUUUGAGGAGAGAAGACUGCAAGAUGUGCUUAUCCGGCAAACUCAAGCUCCCUCACGUUCCGUCCAGAUGGUGCGAGAAGAUUUGCAGGAGAUUUGGGACCAGCGACUUUUGGAGUUGUUGGGAAAACGCAAGCAGUGUCUGCAAGAUAUGGACAGCAUUCUGGAGUUCCUGGAAGAUGGUAUAGCCAAGCAUGCAGUCACUCUCUCUGAGGAACAUCAGGCACAGAUCAGUGCCCAUGAGCAGAGCAGAGCGCUGGCCAGACGUGCGGACGAGGCAGCCGUGGUGCAGUUUUUUGAGCGAGAGCUUGUUCGUCGUACAGCAUUGGCUGAUCGUCAGAAAGCUUUCAAUCAACACCUUUUGGACAAAUAUGAUUCGGCAGUGUCUGUCUUGAAGUCCUCGGAGAAUAAGUCUCAGCAUAGCCUAAAAGAGUUGCAGCGAGAAAACCUGGCACUGUUGCCAGGUCAGAACACUGACCCGCCUAAGACUGUGGCUGACCUACUUCAAGACAAGCAGUGCCUCUUGCUUCAGUUGCAGCAGGCGCAAAAACAAAUGGAGAUGACACAGCUAAGAGAAGACAUGCAGUGUGUUACUGCUGAAAAGGACUGUCUUCUGGCAGAAAAGGCUGAAAGCAACUUGACUAACAUGGAGCUGGAGAGCCUUCAUGCAAAUGUUCUGUCUCUAACUGAAGAGCGGGACCAGCUCCUAGAAGUGCUGCAGGGGCUCCGAGAGGAAAAGAGCAAGCUUAAGGUUGAAUUGGAAGAAAAGGAUGAAAUGAUACAAGAGUUGAAGCAGCUUCAGGCUGCUGAUAAAGCCCGUUUGUUAAUGAAGGAUGCCUCAUGCAGCAUCGCUUCCAAUGACUCUGGCUCAUCCUUUAAUGUGAACGAGGAAGGAGGUAAAUUUCAGGAACUGCUGCAAGGAGUACGAGAGGAUAUGGACAGCAUUCUGGAGUUCCUGGAAGAUGGUAUAGCCAAGCAUGCAGUCACUCUCUGAGGAACAUCAGGCACAGAUCAGUGCCCAUGAGCAGAGCAGAGCGCUGGCCAGACGUGCGGACGAGGCAGCCGUGGUGCAGUUUUUUGAGCGAGAGCUUGUUCGUCGUACAGCAUUGGCUGAUCGUCAGAAAGCUUUCAAUCAACACCUUUUGGACAAAUAUGAUUCGGCAGUGUCUGUCUUGAAGUCCUCGGAGAAUAAGUCUCAGCAUAGCCUAAAAGAGUUGCAGCGAGAAAACCUGGCACUGUUGCCAGGUCAGAACACUGACCCGCCUAAGACUGUGG